AUGUCGGGCUUUCAGAUCCCCGGCCUGGGGUUCGCGAAACCCAACGAGAUGCUGCCGCCUCUGCCUCCCGAUGUGCUUGCAGCAGCCGCCAGCUUCGAGGGUAUCGACACCAACAACAGCACCACCCAGCAGAAGCAGGAUCAAACGACGAACCAGAACGAAGACACAAACAUGGGGGAGAGUAUCGAAACCCAGUCCGCCCCUGCGCCAGAGGCGCAGUCCGUCGCCGCACCCGUACCCGCACCCGCACUCGAGCAGGCCAACUCCAAUGAGCCUGAGCCUGAACCCAUGAACGUCGACGAUGCUACCGAGCACCCCUCCCUGACCGAUGCCCUCGAAGCCAUGAUCAGCGGACUCGACCCAACUCCUCCCGUUCAAACCCGCGUAGCGGCUCAGGAAGCCCCCGCUGCGCCCCAAGACACCUCCAUGUCCCAGCCAGCCGAUGGCGCCCUCGCCGCCUCCGUCGCGGCAGCAGAACAACCAGCCGCUGAGGGCGAACACCCCGAGUGGGAGGUUGACUCUUCGCCCUACGAGUCCUCGUCCGAAUCGAGCAGCGACGACUCCUCGUCCGACGAGGAGUCUGAGGCUGGCGGCUACCAGCUUCUCGGCGUCGAAGAGACCGCCCGCAUGCUGAUGGAGAUGGAGGGCGGCUCGGACGACGAGGGCGGAAACGACGCCGGCAAGGCGGGCGGGUCGGGACACCUGCGGACGAAGAACGAGGUCGCUGUCGAAACUGUGCCAAAGCCCGACGUCGUGCUCGCCGCCGACGACAAGAUCGAGGAGCUCGGCCUCGUCGACCAGAUCGUCGAGAACAUCCUGGUCGUCAAGGCCUUCACGCCCGGCGAAUACCAGGUCCUUGACACGGGGUCCGUGCUCUGCACCGAGGACCGCAAGGUGUUCGGCGUCGUGUGGGAGACCAUCGGCAAGGUGCUGCAGCCCAUGUACACCGUCAUGCUGUCGACCGCCGAGGAGAUCAAGGAGGCCGGCCUCGCCGUCGGAGCCAAGGUGUACUACCCGCCCGCGCACGCCAAGUACGUCUUCACGCAACCGCUCAAGAGCCUCAAGGGCUCCGACGCGAGCAACAUCCACGACGAGGAGGUCGCCGAGGACGAGAUGGAGUUCUCGGACGACGAGAAGGAGGCCGAGCACAAGAGGCAGAUCAAACAGAAGAAGAAGGAGGCGAGGUUCGGCAAGGGCGGCGCCGAGGGCGGCCGGGGCCGGGGCGGUCGCGAGCCGCACCCGCUGCGGAACGAGGUCAGCGCGCCGUCUGUGGAGGGCGGUCUCAACUACGACGACGAGGACGACGGCCCCUACAAACCGCUUGCUCGCCCUCCUGGUUUCGGUCAGGUGCCGCCGACGCAGCAGAGCUUCACCACGGAACCCGAGCCUGGCAGGUUCGGCGGACGCCGAGGUGGACGAGGUGACUUUAGGGGACGUGGCGACAGAGGCAGGGGAGGUCGCGGCCGCGGACGCGGCGGGCACGGAGGCAGGGGGGAUCACAGAGACGGUUACUCCGCGCCGGCCCACCAGAGGCAUUCCUCGUCACAACAGGAGGGCGGCCAACAACAGCCUCAAGGGCAAUGGGGUGGCAACGGCGGAUACCCAGCCCCUCCCCCUGCGCAGAACUACAACCCGCAGCAGACCGCGCCGGCCCCGACGGCCCCGUCAUUCAACUUUCCGUUCCCCGGACUUCCCGGGCAGCAGGGCUUUCCUGCCGUCCCGCCGCCGCCGCCUGGCUGGCCGGCGCAGGGUGGUCAGUCGGCGCAGAACCCGCAGGGAGCGUACAUCAACCCGGCGUUCUUUGCGGCGUUGCUGGGUCAAAUGCAGCAGGGUCAGGGACAGCAAGGUGGACAACAGCAGCAACAGCAACAAGGACAACAACCGCCUCAACAGCCGCCUCAGCCACCGCAUCAAUGGGGCGCCCAGCCGCCUCCGCGGUAG